UAUCGUAUAUAACAACAUUGCGUUUCUAUGAAAGCUUUUCAUUUCUAUCAACCUUCCUUCUUCCCGGGAGAACUUGAGGGUGAGCGGGAGAGGCGAUGCCGCUCGGCAAGUACUACUGCGACUACUGCGACAAGCAGUUUCAGGACACGCCCUCGGCGAGGAAAAGGCAUCUGCAGGGCCUCCAGCACCAGCGGGUUAGGGCCCUGUGGUACGACUCCCUUUCCCGGCCCUCUCCCUUCAACGAUCUGCCUCAGUCCGAGAAGCCAAUCUGCAAUUCAUUCGCUAGGACGGGGUUCUGUCGGUACGGCGAUGGGUGCAAAUAUUUUCAUCCUAAGCAGAAUCUUCAACCAAGUGGCCAAGCUAUGCCAGGCAAUCUGAUCAAAGAUGGCAUGGGCAUGUCUCUAGCAAAUUUACCCCCUUCAUUGAUGCCUCCUCCCGAUGGAGGGUAUCCACCCCUGCCUUUCAUAGACUGGGGGUGAAUCUCACCAAUUUGUGUUUUUUCAUCCACAAUUCCAACCUAAACCUUAUUGCAGAGAUGGUUGAAUUGUGAUUUUACUGGCAACCUAAUUCUGUGUCUUUGGACAAGUUCUGUUCAGCCACGAUUUCCUGUGCAGCUUCACCCAUCUUAUCUGCUUUCAGAUUAGUCAUUCACUAUUGCAUCUUGGAUCUCUCUCCUUUUCUUUUUUUUCGUGUAGAUGAUAGUUUGCCAGUUGCUUUUUUAAUGUUUUAAGUUUUUAAUAUUGUGAUAAUCUUUCUGGUGUUGGAAACAUGGCAAAAGAAAAACCUUUAGCUUGUGUAGUAAACUGAAAAAAGAAAUGCCCUUUUCAUUUUCUUUUCUUGCA